CUGCAGAGACAUCCCGCGCCCCACGAAGCGCACUUUCAUUCCUGAUGGCUCUGUCGGCUGUCACUCCGCGGCGACCUGGACAGCGAGCGCCCCGCGACCGCACGGGGCAGCGGGGACAGAGCACACAGGCCGCCUCAAGCACGAGGGCAGGGCGCGCCCCCGGUCCCAGGCCUCGGCUGCGGGGCCCCUUGGUUCUCAUCUUCGUCGUCCUGGGUGUCCUGCUGUCGAUCGUGCCUGCUUCAGCCAUGCACAUAAGGCAGGAAACAUUUCACCAGCAAUUAACUGCCCCGCAGGGAUGGGAACGCAGCCUCUCAGAGUUGUGUCUACCAGGGUUCCAUAUGGAUGAAGCCAGUGGAGAUUGUACACCGUGCUUGGAUAAGGUGGAUUACACCAAUUAUUCAAACACCCUCUCUUCUUGCUUACUCUGUAGGAUUUGCAAAUCAGGGGAGGAAGAGAAAAGUCCGUGCACCACAACCAAGGACACUGAGUGUCAGUGCAAACCUGGCACUUUCCGUAGAGAAGAUGCACCUGAAUUCUGCUACAAGUGCAGCACCCGGUGCCCUGAUGGGAUGAUCGUGGCCACACCCUGUAGCCCCUUCAGCGACCUCAAAUGUGUGGACCAAAAAUCAGGUACCCAGGCCAGUGGGGAGGCCCCGGUUCCUGGAGAGACAGUGACCAUGCGCCGGAGACCACCCACCACUGCCUCUCCCUCCUCAGGCACUUCACAGCUGGUGAUCAGAAUUGUACCUGCGUGUGUCCUUCUGGUGCUGGCGGUGAUCGCAUGUGGUUUCUGGUGCUUCUUCAUUAAAGGUUACCGUGUGGACCCUAAGUGCAUGGAGAAGGUCUUCUUCCGGCACUCACAUCCCUUCAGAGGUCCUGGUGCUCUGGACAAUGCCCACAACAAUAUGAUGAUCAACAGAGAUUCGCUGAUUGAUCUGGUCCCUGAGCAGGAGGUAGAAGAGCAGGUGAAGCCAACAGAUGUCGUGGCCCAGUCCCAGGGGGAAGCAAAGCGUCUGCUGGAACCAGCAGAAGCUGAAGGGUCUCACACGAGAAGAAGGCUGCUGGUUCCAGCAAACGGUGCAGACCCCACUGAAAGCCUGAGGCUGUUCUUCGAUUACUUUGCAACCAUCGUGCCGUGUGACUCCUGGGAUUCGCUCCUGAGGCAGUUGGGCCUCACGCGAAAUGAGAUCCUUCUGGCCAGAGAAGGGGUCCGGGUCCCUCGGGAUGCCUUGUAUGAAAUGCUAGAGACCUGGGUCAGCAACAAGGGACGGGAGGCCUCAGUCAACACCCUGCUGGAUGCCUUGGAAAAUCUGGGGCAGAUAUUGGCAAAGCAGAAAAUUCAGGACCACCUGCUGGAGUCGGGAAUAUAUGUCUAUGAAGAUGGCGAAGCAGGCUCUGCUGUGUCCUGAGUGUUUGAGGACCUCAGUCUUUCAGCUGAAGACACUUUUUUAUCCUAAUAGACUUGCACUUUUUAUUUGUAUUUUUUAUUUGUAUUUGUCAUUCAUGUUGAUAAGUAUGCAUUUAAUGAUGUGUAACAUAAUACACAUCAUUAAAGUGCAAACAUAUUGUGACUCUUUGUCCUUUUAUGUUUAUAUAUAUAUUUAUAUAAGUGUAAAAAACAUUUUGGAAAUAUAGUUUCUAGGUUGUUUAUGUGGGUUACCUGGAUGAGAACUGGCAAUUAAAAAUACAAAAGGAGGAAAUUCCCUGGCCGUUCAGUGGUUAGGACUCUGCGUUUUCACUGCUGAGGGCCCGAGUUAAAUCCCUGGUCAGGGAAGUAAGAUACCAAAAGCUGCGAGGCAAAAAAACCCAAAACAACAGCAACAUAAAGAACAAAAACAAACAUAAAACAACAACAACAAAAAAAACAAAAGGAAAAAAAAGGAAGGAGAAAAAGCCCACUGUGGGGAGACCACUGAUAGCAUCUUCUCCCUCAAAGGAAGUUUGGUCACUUUUGGAUGCCUGGUGACUUCUCCAGGGCCCACUUUAAACAUGUCAGUUUUAUAGCUGUGUGAAUAUUUACAUUUUUUAUAGGUAGGAGUUUACAAGUGAGCAGAGAGUGAGGAGAAGUG